AUGGCCGAUGCUGUCGAGCUGAUCACCGACCCGCCAGAGAUCACGAUGAAAGCCGCCGGCGACAAGUUCUCCCUGCAGCUGAUCAACACCUCAGCCAAGAAGAUUUGCUUCAAGGUGAAAUCGUCGAACAACAAGCUCUUCCGCAUCAUCCCCGUCUUCGGCAUCGUCGACUCAGGCCAGGGCACUCCGUUGGAGAUUGAGCGCGUGGCGGGCCCACCGAAGGUCGACAAGCUGGUCGUGGAAUACAUGUACUGUGAAGGGUCACCGCCAAAUGCUGAGGCGUACUUCAAGGUAAGCGCCAGCCUA